CAAAUCUAAUUAGAAUCAUAUGUAUCGUUGCCAGCUGUUAUAUAAUGGUAUUGGCACUGCAGGUAUCCUCGUAACUAGAAAUAUAAUACUUUGGCGAAAUAUGAUACUUUGAAACGGCCGUGAGAUAAGGACGAAGUUCACUUCCGGGUAUGACGCCCUCCUGUUCCUGACCAGCAAAGUUUACCGUCAGCUGGACAUUGGUCAGUAAUACUGGUAAUCAGCAACAACGCUGUCUCCGACGAUGGUCCAGUGUUCAUUCACACCGUCUCAACUGACCACUCUCCCUACACUGUCCACGACUUACCCCAAGUGUUGAAAGGACAUGCACAACAGGUGGCGCAAUGGCUGUGUCCCGAAUACAGGACGAGAUAUUGCAGUGUACAAUCUGCUACGACACGUACAAGACCCCCAAGACCCUGCCUUGCCUCCAUACUUUCUGCGAACACUGCCUGGCCGAGUAUAUCAAGGGGGUGCAGGGAGUCGCCAAGAAAAAUGGCUUCUGCUGUCCAGUGUGCCGAGAAUUUAUCAAGGCACCGGAACCAAAGCGACGCCCCCAAGAAUGGGCAACCUUGUUUAAGACUAAUUUCCAUUUGAACAAACUGAUGAAGACUCUGGAAGAGAAACCCGGAUCAACACCGCCUGUCGAAGGACCAUUUUGUACAGAACAUCCUCAGAAAGAGCUGGACCUGUUUUGUGUGCAGUGUGCUAAGCCUAUAUGUCAUUUGUGUGCCGGGAUAGCACAUCGUGGCUGUUCCCUCGUAGUGACAUCAGAAGAAGCGGCAAACGACAGACGGAUACGGCUUCAGUCCUUAAGAAAACAGAUGAACGAGACUCUCGUUAAGUCUCGAGAUGAGGUCGCUUCAGUCAAGAAGCAGCUGGAGCGGAUCCGUGGUUUGAAGGAAGAGUGUGCGAGUGAUAUAAAGGACUUCACCGAGUCCCUUGUUGCUGUGUUACGGAACAGGGAAGCGGAACUGUUGCAGGAUUUGGCGGAGAAGCAUGAGACAUUGUGCGAAACGGUUGACGAGAAGAUCGACACUUUCCGUGACGAACAAAAGGCAUCGCACCAGGCUUUAGUUCAGCUGACGGAGCUGAUGGCUCAGGGGACAGACGCUGAGGUUCUCAGCAAACAUUCCAGGUUUAAAAACGUCGGCACUGUUGAUGUGUCGGCAAUAUCUUCCCUGUGCGGGCAACUUCAAAGAGUCGAUCUCAGAUUCAUGUCUGGAACGUAUUUGAAGAACCUGAGACACAACGCUUCCAAGAUAGGCGAGGUGGCUCUGGAACAACGGAAGCAAGAAAUAUGUAGGAAAAAGCCAACAAUGACACCCCGCCCGUCACUGGAUAAUGAAGUUACUCUACAUGUGAGACGAAAACAGGGUGGGACAGUGCAAUUCCGAAGGAGUAGAUCCCACACUAUCACAGGUACCGUCCCAUCACAGCCAGCCAACAAGCCAACCAAGUUGAGAACCAUUUCGGGUAAACUCAGAGACGAUGAUCUGCCUCCCAAACUUAACGACAUCGUUGUUUUGAGUCAAGGAGGGGGGUCGCAUAGCAACAUAGUGAUCGUGACAGACUGGAACAACCAAUGUGUGAAGGCGUUUUACAGCAGACGUGAUCGAGAUAGUCGUCUGCUACUUGGCGGGAAACCCUUUUGCAUCGCAGCUCUGUCGCACACAACCGUCGCAGUGACUAUACCUCUAGCUCAGCAGAUAUGUGUUCUUAAAGUAGGGUCGUCGAUGAUGUUGCUCUCAUCCGUCGUCGCCGAGAAGAAAUACUCAGCUCUUGCCGCUCUCGACCAGCACACUCUGGUAGCCAGUGGUGGAAGCACUCCUCCUUCUGUUGACAUCAUCAACGUCAGCGGAGAGGUGAUGAAAUCCUUUUCCCGUGAUUCCUCAGGCACACCGUUAUUUACCUACCCGGCAUACCUCUGCUCAACACCCAGUGGAAAUAUUCUUGUGUCUGACAGGGACGCAGGAACGCUCACGUGCUUGUCAAGAGAGGGGGUGGUGGUGUGGUGCUUCCACCCCCAGGGGUCGCUGAAGCUCGAGAACCCAGGUGGCGUGCACUGUGACUCCCAGGGACGGGUUGUGUUCGCGGAGAGUCGAGGUGUGCUGAGGUUGUUAGACGGGGGGCAGUAUGAAGGGGUGGUACUGAGGACGACUGAUGGUUUAGACACCCCUCGGGGUGUGUGGAGCGGGGUAGAUGGGACGAUAUACCUCACCCACAAACAGGAUGAAAUUUGUGUCUUCAGCAUCGGCAGGGUCUAAUAUACGUCAUUGAAAAAUGAAAUUGAAUGUUGUUAGAACUCUCGUAUUACUCCAUAAGCUGCUUCGAUAUUAUGUGACGGACAGUGGAUGUAUCAGCUUUUACACGUUUUAUUAUCCAAAUAUAAACCACAAAAACAUACGAUUCAUCGAAAGACACUGUGACACUGUGACACCGUGUCCCAGUCGUAUAAGGCGCCGUGCAGAGUUGCGCCCCUUGUGUGCAGCAAACACCUCUGAUCAAUUCCAGGUUGAUCAGAUCUGUGUUCAACACUUACUAACUCAUUCUUCUCGAAAGGAGUAAGGUGUUUGAAUGUCACAGCAGUAGCCUAUUUCAAUGAAUUGAAAUAUCAUUAAUACGGAUCCUGUUAACUCGGAACCUUCUAAUUGUCACCUUUAACACAAAUGAACGAACACGACUGACAGAAGUACAGAAUUUAUUGAAUAUAUUACACACAAAUUAGAUAGGGUAGAACUCAGCCAGCAAUACAGUUGACGGAUGCAGCGAUCGCGGAUUGUAUUGAAAAUUAUUUUUUAUGAAGUUGUAUAUAUGAUUGCAAUAAGAGCUCUUUGAAUAAACAUGGGCAUUUUCAGAUAUA